AUGGAGGUUCCGCCGUGCGAAGCUCUAGACCUAGACGACUCCGACCUCCCUUCUCUUAUCCGCCCUUGUAAACGGCGUCGCCCCUCCUCACCCCCCGCCGCCAAACCUCUUUCUCUGCCAUCCUCCGCCCAAUCGCCAGAACAGCCACCACCCUGCGCCGCUCGCCGCCGCACAAUCCCUGGACCCGCCGGAACAGUUCAAGCUGCGAUGCUAAGCAGAGAUCUGGAUCGUGAGAAUCGGAACGUUUUCAACCGUAACAGAGACAGUGGCGAGAAUUUUAACGGCAGCGGUCGUUGUGGCGGCGUAAUUCCCACCCAAGACUAUAUACGGCGGGCGAUGGAGGAUACAUCAGAAUUUGACGACGAUUUCAACGGCCACCCUUGGAUUUCCGCUCUGAAGUUUCUGGGCGCCAAUGAUGGUUGUGUUAAAAGUAAGGCAAUAAGCGCUAUCAAGAAAUGCCUCAAUGGUGAAAAGGUUGAUAAGGUUGUCGCUGUCAUCAAAUCAUGUGCACCCAAUGGUCUUGGGGGUCUGAUAGUGUCAUUGAAGGAUCCUACUGGUACAGUUGGUGCAAGUAUUCAUCACAAGGUCCUCUCUGGAAAUGAGUUCGGGAAGAAAUUAACUAUUGGUUCAGUUCUAAUACUUCAGAAGGUUGCUGUUUUCGCUCCUGCACGAUCAGCACAUUAUCUCAAUAUAACUCUGGGGAACUUGGUGCAGGUGUUCUGUCAAGAUGGUGCCUCUACUUCAAAACUAUAUGACUCUGCAAAUCCCAUCCAAUUUGCUGAUCCUGGUGAUGGUAUUGAUGCAUCCCCAGAAAAUUGUGGAAAAGCCAAGACUCAGCACCUGCAAAAUUCAGAGAAUUUGCAAAAUCGUAGUGUAACCGAGACGCAAAUUCUUUCAACUAAAAGUGUCCAAUCAACACAUAGAGCCCCCAACAAUAUAAGCAGAUCCCAGAACGAGCUUAUAAGUUUGAGCCCAGAUGCUCUCGAUGAAAUACAAGAAGACAUGCACAGAAACAGCAUUGGUGCUGGCAGUUGCCAGCAACUUGUGAAAGGAGAUAAUCUCAGUGAGUUUGUAACCAACAAUAUGAAUAAUGAAACUGUUGCAAGAAAUGGUGACAAGGAAAUUCAAGGAAUUAGUACAGUUCAGACUCAAAGUCAGCUUCUGAAGCCGAAAGCAUCUCUGCCAGAGUGGACAGACGAACAGUUAGAUGAACUUUUUGCUGGUGAUGACGAUGGAUUUUGA